GCUAAUAUCCGGAUGCCCUCUAAACUAAACUGCAAAUCUGGUUCUGACCCUUCGUCUGAUUCCUCACUCUUUCAAUUCAAUGUCGGUCCCAAUUCUCAGGCGGAUACUCGACCCGACCUUGACCCGAAAACCCGGACCCGAAUCCGCUGUCUCUCUUCUCUUCCUCAACACCGUUGUGUCUCCUCCGUCCGAUCGCUCCGGGGUUCCCGCCGUCGAUACUCUGGUAUCAGACGCCGUUUCGAUCCUCACCCACCACCGAUCCAAGUCCCGGUGGUCGACUCUCCGUUCUCUCUUCCUUUCCGGCUUCACGGCGGAGCAGUUCUCCGAAAUUGCUAUCCGCAUCCGCAACAAUCCCCAUCUUGCCCUCCGUUUCUUUCUCUUCACGCGCCGCCACUCGCUCUGUCCCCACGACCUCCACUCCUGCACCGUCCUUGUCCACAUCCUCGCCCGCUCACGCCUCCGCCGCCACGCGUGUGAGCUAACUCGCCUCGCUGUUCGACUCGCCGGUGAAGGUACUGUUAGUGUUUCUACUGCCGGUGGCACCGAAGUAGAAUGUGUUUCGAUGGUGCUGCGCUCGCUGAUUCAGACGUAUAACCGAUGUGGGUCUGCGCCGUUUGUGUUUGAUCUGCUGAUAAAAUCGUGUCUUGAUUCGAAGUUGAUCGAUGGAGCUGUUAUGGUGAUGAGAAAAUUGCGGUCCAAAGGUAUCAGUCCUCAGAUCAGUACUUGCAACGCUUUGGUUGCAGAAGUUUGUAGACGUAGAGGGGCUUACGAUGGUUGUAAGCUCUAUAGAGAGGUUUUUGGGUUAGAUGAUGGACUCGAGGAAGCUGUGAAGUGGGUUGCCAGGGUUAAGCCAAAUGCGCAUACUUUCAAUUCCAUGAUGGUGAGUUUUUACAGAGAAGGUGAAAUGGAGAUGGUGGAAGAGAUAUGGAGAGAAAUGGAGGAGGUGGGAUGUUGUCCGAAUUCUUACAGUUACAGUGUUCUUAUGGAGAUGUAUUGCAGACGAGGUAUGGUGUCUGAAGCCGAGAAGAUGUGGGAAGAAAUGAGGAUAAAGGGAUUGAAUUAUGAUAUCGUGGCUUAUAACACUCUGAUCGGCGGGCUUUGCAGGAGCGGAGAGACUGCUAGGGCCGAGGAGCUUGUUCGAGAAAUGGGAUCGAAAGGGAUAGAGAGUACUUCCAUGACUUAUGAGCAUCUCGUUAGAGGGUAUUGUAAAGUCAAGGAUAUGGAUUCAGCUAUGCUUGUAUACAGAGAUAUGCGGAGGAAGAGUUUCUGGCCAGAGGGUUCAACCAUUGAAGCCUUAGUCGAAGGGCUUUGCGAGAAGCAAAGAGUCGAAGAAGCCUCAGAGAUGAUGAAGGCUGCGGGGAGAGAUUUCGGGUUUUGUCCAAAUCAGAAGUGUUAUAUGUUAUGGAUAAAAGGUCUUUGCAGAGAGGGGAAGAUGGAGAAAGCAUUGAGCACUCAGGCUGAGAUGGUGGGGAGAGGAUUCGGACCGAAUCGAGAGACAUAUGAGGCAUUUAUCCACGGGUACGUAAAAGCAGGGGAUGUGGAAAUGGCUGCAUUGUUGAGGAAAGAAAUGGCCGAAUAUCUCGAGGGAAGAGAAGAAGAAGAAGAAGAGGGUUUGAGCUAACAUCCGUGGAAGUGUUUGGUAUCUGCUCUGGCUCUCUCAUGGAGAUUGAAUUUGGAGAUGAAACUGUCAUCUGAGAGCUUUUCGUGGUGGCAAUUGCUCCAAGCAAAGGUGUAAGAUGCGAAAUCUCGAGCUCGAGAAAGCAAGACGAGACAAAUAGAGAAACAGUGGUUUGUCGAUACGAAUGGCGGAAACAAUGCCUCGAUUGGAAAAUACGAUUUGCGGAAAGCAACGAAAAGGGUGUCUUCUUCUGGUCUCAUUGAGCAGAGAAGCAGUCGUUUUGGGAGCUUGAGGUGGUGAAUUCGGUAUCCAAUUCAGUCCCAAAAUGGAUCAGGUGUUCAACCGAGCAAAUUACUAACAAAACAAAUAGAUUAGGACAGAAACGUAUUACAAGCAGUUGGCAAUCCACUGUCUGAAACCCACUCUUAACCUUUACUUAUUGGUUGCAAGCACACACAAUCAACCACAAUCUUGAUUACACAGAAGGAUACAACUUCACAAUCUUGAUGGCACAGAAGGACGGACUUCAAUCGAUGAGGGCCCAAACCGGAAAAACGAACAGAA